CAGCUGCGACCGGUAGUGACGUCACGAGAUCCGGAGCUCGCGGGAAAUUUUGUCUCUGUGUGGCGGUGAGGAACGCGCGCUCGCGCGGGAUUUUCAAGCGUAGGAACCUGGGAACUGGAGGUGCCAUGAGCCUCUGGGUGGAUAAGUAUCGGCCCUGCUCUUUGGGACGGCUGGACUAUCACAAGGAGCAGGCGGCCCAGCUGCGCAACCUGGUGCAGUGUGGUGACUUUCCUCAUCUCCUAGUGUAUGGACCAUCAGGUGCUGGGAAAAAGACAAGAAUUAUGUGUAUUCUACGUGAACUUUAUGGUGUUGGAGUGGAAAAAUUGAGAAUUGAACAUCAGACCAUCACAACUCCAUCUAAAAAAAAAAUUGAAAUCAGCACCAUUGCAAGUAACUACCACCUUGAAGUUAAUCCUAGUGAUGCUGGAAAUAGUGACCGAGUAGUAAUUCAGGAGAUGUUGAAAACAGUGGCACAAUCACAGCAACUUGAAACACACUCUCAAAGGGAUUUUAAAGGUAUGGAGGUGUAUCUGAGGGAGACUGCAAAUGCUAUUGUCAGUCAGCAAACUCCACAAAGGCUCCUUGAAGUUCGUGGAAGGCUAUAUGAGCUUCUAACUCAUUGUAUUCCUCCUGAGAUAAUAAUGAAGGGCCUUCUCUUAGAACUGUUACAUAAUUGUGAUGGACAACUGAAAGGGGAAGUGGCCCAAAUGGCAGCUUAUUAUGAACAUCGUCUACAGCUGGGUAGCAAGGCCAUUUAUCACUUGGAAGCAUUUGUGGCCAAAUUCAUGGCACUUUAUAAGAAGUUCAUGGAGGAUGGAUUGGAAGGCAUGAUGUUCUGACUUUUAUCAGUUAUUCUUGCAAAGAUUUCUCAAUAUCAUUAUUUACAUACAGCUUAUAUUAAGACUUGAGGGUAAAUUUACUUAAUCAUGUUGUAUUUGUGUUUUUUUGGUAAUAACUUCUCUGUGAACUAUUAAUCAUCCUCUAAGUUAAAUAAUUUUUGCUAUACUAUUGAAUUAUGUAGUUUUGUACAUAUCUUAGAGACUUUAGAGUCUAGGAAAAUGAUUUUAAUUUGCUUUAAACAUUUGUUAUUCAGGUAUUCAUUGUUGAUCCUCCUAUUCUCUUCCGUCUAAUGUCUCACCUGCUAAAAGAGAUUUAUACAUCAGAAAGCAAAGAUUAUGUUCGUUUAUCCAGAUGACCAUUUUCUGCCACAGGUAACAUGAUUGUCUGACAGGUCAUUAUAUUGAAUUCUAGUUUCUCUUAGUGAAUAAUUACAUUUUUGUAGGAAAUGUAAGAAUUCAUUCUGAAACAUAAUUGUUAAUAUGAACAAAAUUACAAGUACCAUUUCUGUUGAGACUGCAGAUUUCCAACUUUUAUUUCAGUGGUUCAGAUUAGUGUUAGGUCACUACUAAGAAAUAAGCAUGUUUUCAUUAAUUUAAGUACUUCAAACUCUUGAAGAAAAUUCAGAAUGUAAGAAUGGUAUGUUAUUGUAGUAAUUACUCUUUGAACAGGUUUAGUGUUUUGUCAUUAGUUCUGCCCUUUGGAUCAUUUUUUAAUUAAAUUCUUCGGUUCGUGGUCCAAAGGGUUUACUUGACAAAUUUGUGUGAUAGACUCUGAACAAUUCCUUUCCUCUGAAGUAUAAUUUAUGAAAUAAAAUGUACCAAUUUUAAGGGUACAGUUUGAUUUUUAACUAGUGAAACUAUGAUCCCAAUCAAGAUAUAGACGCCAUCACCCCAAAAAGCUCUCUGCAUAUCCCUUUGCAGUCAGUUCAUUCCUACCCUAGGCCCAGAUAACCACUGAUCUUGUCAUUAUAGAUGAGUUUUGCCAGUUCAAGAACUUAAGGAAAUCAAAUAUUGUAAGCAUUCUCAUGUAAUACUUCAUUCUCUCUCAUUAUUGAGAUUCAUCCAUAUUGUUGAAUGUUUCACUAAUUUUUAUUGUUCAGCAUUUUUGUAUAUACUUUUAAAGCCCAUUCACUUGUUGGUGGAUCUUUGGUUUGUUUCCAGGUUUGGUUAUUAUGAAUAAAGUUGCUGUGAAUCCUUA